AUGGGAGCACUGUCUCCCAUGAAUAUCUUCUUGAGGCAAGAAAUCGAUCGAAUGCAGAGAGUGAUAACCGCUGUGCGGCAGACACUGACAGAUCUAAAACUGGCCAUUGACGGCACCAUCAUUAUGAGCGAGGUUAGCAUUCUUCUAUUCUGGCUUUUUGGCAUUUUCGUCAAGUUUUAUCUUUCUUUGAAAAACCAGAGAAUCAUCAAAUGACCAUGUGGACUGUUAUCGCCAAUCCUUGGCUUACAAAAAACGGAGCUGAUAAAAUGUUUUUGUUUGUUUCUCUGUGUUUUUUAUUUGCCAUCAUGUAGAUGGUCAGGAGAAGUGCCAAUAGCGAGCUUAAGCAACAACGAGCACGACGACAGUGAAAAUGUCACUAAAAAAAAUUAUUCGGUCUCCAUUUGGAGCCGCGCAAUUUGUCAAAUGCAGGCCUCUUUUCCUGGAGAUGAAUUCUUAUCGACAGGUUUGAAAAGAGAAAGGACCAUUCGUCGUCGUAUGUUGACGUCCUCCAUAAAACGUCGCAUUAUGAGGUUUUAUGACGUAGUCGUACAGUGAACGUCAAAGAAAUGUACUAAAAAGCAUGAUGCACGUGCAGAGCUGCUGUUUUGCUCAUAACAACAAUUGUUGUUGUUGUUGUUUUUUUAUGUUGCCUUUUUUGUUCAAUCAAUCAAUCAAUCAAUCAAUCUUUAUUUAAACACGGUAAAAUCCAUCAGGAAUUUAAAAAUUAAAAAUAACCUAACUAUCCUAAACAAAAUUCAAAACCUGACUACAACUAAUCUAACUAAAACCUGUUUUUCAUGAAUGCCGUGUAUAACAUUAAAAAUGAACAUUAACUAAUCUUUUAAAUUGACUAAGAGAUUCGGCUUCUCUCACAUGACAGGGUAGGCUGUUCCAGAGAACUGCUCCGCUAUAAGUAAAGCUGUUUUUCAUGAAAUUAGUUCGCGGAAAUGGGACAAAUAGUUUGUUAACAGAGUCCCUCAGGGAGUAACGCGUUUCAUUUCGUUUAACAAACUUAGAUGAUAAAUAUUCAGGAACAAGGCCAUUUAAAGACUUGUAUACCAUUAUGGAUUUCUGUAUUUGAAAUUGAGUGCUCAAGUCUUUCCAAUCGAGUUGUCUAAUCAAACGGUUAGCAUCAGCAUCAUAGCUAGAGAAGGUUAAAACGCGAGCGGCACGGUUCUGAAGCUUCUGUAGCCUGUCAAAUAAUGUUUUACCACAAUUACCCCAGACAAGAUUGCAAUAAUCGAAAUGAGAUUGAAUUAGUGAGCUGUAUAUAUAGUGAAGGGUAGGUGGAGGUAGGUGGUUGUUGUCCAUGUGCGGGCUUAAACUUUCACUGUGCACUUUUUUUUUUAAAUGUGAUUUUGAUAUUAAUAUUUUUCUUGUCCUUUUCUUUAGACCCUAAGAGACUCACUUGACUGCAUGUACGAUGCCAGGAUACCUACACACUGGAAAAAGGUAAGUGGUCGAUUAUUAAGGGAGGAGAAAAUGUUGCGACAUCCAUAGAUGAAAGCGUUGUAGUUAUACACUUAAAAAUACUUUCCCGAAAAAACAUUGAACAUUUUCGCCGAAGUUAUUUUUCUUCCACCUUAUUGCAUUACUCUGUAGAUCUCAUGGGAGUCUUCCACGCUUGGAUUCUGGUACACCGAACUUUUGGAAAGAAACAGUCAGUUUAGGAAUUGGUGUUUUGAAGGAAGACCUAAUGUGUUCUGGAUGACAGUAUACCUGCCAACUCUCACGCCUUAGGCGUGAGUCUCACGCCUGCGGGUUGAAAACUUCGAUCUCACGCCCGCUCACGCCUGCGGACCAAUUUCUCACGCCUGAUUGAAAAAUGUGAGUUGUUGCCGUAUUGCUUGACACAAUUUCCAAAAAUAUGUACUCAGACCCAUGUAAGGAACGAAAACCAUGUGUAAAAUGAAUAAAUGACAAUACCUUCCUCGCGAUCUCUGAUUUUGUGGAUAAGUGUUUUCUCGAUAACUUCGCCUUCGGCAGACUUCGGACGUCUUCGGAAGACUUCGGACUUCUUCGGGAAUCUUCGGAAAUGAUCGUGUCGUUUUCAAAAAUCCCAGCACUCCCAGGAUAAAAAUCUCACGCCUACAUCUCAGAAAAAGUUGGCAGGUAUAUGACAGGGUUCUUCAAUCCCCAAGGAUUCCUCACCGCCAUGAGACAGGUGUGAUUUAUUUUAAUUGAUAAAUAGUAGGCGGUGUCCAACUAGAAAGCUCUUGCUACUUCGAACACCGCACAUAUAUGUACAUUACCUCUUCUCAGCCUAAUGACUAGUCAUCCUUUUUGAGCUAUUUUGAAAAAAUAGCUCAUAUGUCAGUGGUGUGAGCGUAUGUAUCUUUGUGGCUUUGUAUCUUUGUAACUUUGUAUCUUUGUAUCUUUGUAUCUUUGUAACUUUGUAUGUUCGGAUGUUUGUUGCAAGAGCCAAUAAGGUUGAAGGUACUAUGAGUUGAUGCUAAGGAACCAAUGAGAUCUUGGCAUCUACUUAAAAAUCACAUUGCUAAAGGUCGAACAAGGGCACUUUAAGACCGCCAUCUUGAUUCUUUACAAUUUGUUCGUCUUUUAUUACGGCUACAGGUGUUUGGAAACAUUAUAUUAAAUAUCUUCAUGAUUCAAACGCUGUCUAAGGUGAUGCAGCUGUUUAAGGGUUCAUACAUUUCUGACCGAAUUCGGCUAUCGCGAACGGUACCACGCACGUAGUUAUGAGUUGUGUUUCACCUGCUUCAAGGUAGAGUAUAAACGAUCAUAUAUUUUCAAAGCUCUUCCAGUGAAGCAAUAAUUGAUAUUUAGAUAUGGACUUUAAUUCGAAAGUAUGCGGCCUAUAAAAUGUGGUUUUAGAAGUUUGAAAAGCAGCUUAUUUUUUUUAAAGCUGUACCGAGUAUUGUUAAUCCUGUAAACAAGCUGUAGAAAUAUUAUUCUCUCGCUCACAAAGUUCAACAGACCUUUUUCGUUCCGGCAAAACAACAACAAAAAGGAAUAAUAAGUGAACAACAUGAUACAUCCUUCCUGCAUACUAAGCAUUAUAGUUAUUGAAACGUAUUUUAUUUAGUAAAGAUGCGUAUAAACUUAAGUAGAAACAGUAGCGUUAGGGAAUAAAAUUGGAAGAAGCUAGUUGACACAAUAAUUAGGUACUGCUUUAUUGAGUGGAGUAACAUGAUAUGAGCAGAAAUAUAUUUCGGCAGUUUGAUAAUUUUCUUGGAAGUUAAUAAUUGUUAGGCUAUCAACCUUGACGUUGCAUGAAACAUAAUUUAAUUGCAGAUGUUGUAAUGAAGCCAAGGUGAUUUCUUAAAAUCGUUUGAGAAAAUUUUGUAGUAAACAAAAAGCGUUUUUUUUAAGCAUGAAUUGUAAAAGGGCCAAAGACCAACAUCUUCACGUGCAAAUUGUGUGCAUGAGUUAUUUUUAUAAUUCUGUUUACUCGAUUACUGUGUGAUAACUCGAAUUCCCUCACGUACGAACCACGAAAGGGGGCAAAGUCCAACACUUUCACGUGCCAGUUGUGUGACUGUACAUCUCAUGCAGAUUGGCUUUUCACAAUAGUAAUAGUGACUUGAACGUAUGAAGACCUGUUUUGUUUUGUAACCAAUGCCUUAAAAAAGGCUCUUGUCUGUUAAGAAGCAAUAGCUUUUAAAACAUGAAGAAAUAAGUUGUCAGAGUUAAACACUGUUUCACUGAGUAGAAUCGCACGUGAAAACCUCGUGAAUUGUGAUGAUGCAACCAUAUACCACAAUGAUAAAAAUCCUGGUAUUUCGUAACUACUCGAAUUCGAUGAGUUAGAUUUUGGCUUAAGAAACUCCGACGAAACCUUAGAGUUUUCCCUCUAAUCAACGUUUGGUGAGUAGACAUAUAUUUUACUUUAACAAUUUGUUUAAAUUGCACCAAAUGUAACAGGGAAAGACAGAGGAAAGUAGCAUGAGGAUCGACGCAGCUGAGCGUUUCGCGUUUUCAUUUAUUUACGGCAAUGCUCAAUUUCGCACAAAAACCCAGUCUACAUUUAGGACGAAAAACGUAGAUUCAUCACUCUUGGUAAGGUUACACUGAAGCAUUAAAGUUACACUGAAGCAUUCAAAAUAGCUCAUGCACGUUUAACGUGCCUAUGUUUUAUUAUCAUUUGUAAUAUAACUUGUACAAAUGUCUUAUAUAGCCUGAAAAUAAAGAAUUGAAUUGUCCUCAGCAGGGGACACUGGGACCACUGGUGAAGUCAGAUAGUGACCCUGUAGGCCAGUUACUUAAACACACCCCGCCAUUUCAUACUAACCCCGUUUUGAGCUUAAACUUUAAGUAACUACUCUUUCGCUAGUUAAAGGGCAAAUGGAAUUUGUUUUAUUUGAUAUCAAAACUAACCUCGUAAUGUUGAAAUCUUGUAAUUUUUUUUUGCCGAUAUUUUACUCUUUUCGGCACUUUUUGUAAAUAACCUGCUUUACCUUUAAAAGCUUACGCGCACGACGGUUUUCUAUUUUUCAGGAAGUGACGCGUGCACGCAAAGGCUGGGCCCUGGACUGCGUGGUGCUUCAUAAUGACGUCACGCGUUUCUUUAAAGAUGACAUCACUCAGCCCCCAGCUGAAGGGGUCUAUGUGCAUGGAUUGUAUCUUGACGGAGCCGGGUGGGAUCGCAGAGGCUGCAAACUUGUGGAACCCACUCAAAAGGUUCUCUUCACAGCCAUGCCAGUCAUUCAUAUCUACGCUAUUAACACGACCGCUGGCCGAGAUGCCCGGAUGUACCAGUGCCCGAUAUACAAGAAACCAAGGAGAACAGAUCUGACGUAUAUUGCAAGUGUGGACUUGAAAACCAAUCAGAAUCCAGAUCACUGGAUUCUGCGCGGUGUCGCCCUGUUGUGUGACAUUAAGUAA